ACAAUCGCAUUUGUGACGACAUUCUAAAAUUAAUCCAAUCGUAGACGAAAUAUUACUAACCUCAUUUGAAUACCGCAUCUAUAAAUGAGUGUGUCCUAGCUGGCGGGGGAGAGGCGAGUGAUUCGCCAGAUAUAAGCUGUAGUGUAGUGAUUCCUUUUUUUUUUAAGCACUAAAAUGCCUGAACCCACGAAGGUCUCCCAGGCCCCGAAGAAGGGCUCGAAGAAGGCGGUGACCAAGGCGCAGAAGAAGGACGGCAAGAAGCUCAAGCGCAGCCGCAAGGAGAGCUACUCCGUCUACGUGUACAAGGUGCUCAAGCAGGUCCACCCCGACACCGGCAUCUCGUCCAAGGCCAUGGGCAUCAUGAACUCCUUCGUCAACGACAUCUUCGAGCGCAUCGCCGGCGAGGCGUCGCGCCUGGCGCGUUACAACAAGCGCUCGACCAUCACGUCGCGGGAGAUCCAGACGGCCGUGCGGCUGCUGCUGCCAGGCGAGCUGGCCAAGCACGCCGUGUCCGAGGGCACCAAGGCCGUCACCAAGUACACCAGCUCCAAAUGAACUUGGCAAGUAAGCUGUCUUUACACCUAAGUCCAAAGACUUAAGAUCUAUGCAUGAUUUCGAUCCAUGAGUUGUAAUUUUUUCACUCGGAGGAAUUUUUUUCUUCAUUGCAUACUUAAAACUUAGUUAGCAACCUUUAAUGUUUCAUCAUUCCCGCAUACAAAAUACUUGAAAAGUACAGGAAAUAACUAUUAGAAGUUGUCUACUCCCUACGGGCCCGUACAAGUUAGUGUUAACUAUCACGUAAAUAUAUAACCAAUAUGAGCUGCAAAUGGCAUUCUAAAUUUGUAGCUCAUCGUGUUCUUAUACAGGUCUCAAGUUUUUCUUGAUCUGAGUCGAUGACGACUACUUACAGUGAGCACAAAAGACUGUGCUCUGGCAACUUCUAUCUGCUCAGAGCUGGCAUUUUCUUUUACUUUUUUCAUCUUUACCAUUUAGAUGUGUGGUAUUAAAACGUGACUGAAGACAAUGUGAGAUUUCACUAAAAUAAGAAAAACUGCUGUCUCGCUUUGCUGCCCAGCGGAUUUCCAGGCAAGGCUAUGAUAUGCAAAAGGGCAGGCAGAGGCAAUUAUUUUGUAUCCAAAAGGCCUGGAGGAACAGAGAAAGGGAAACAACCUUUGAGACACUUGCGAGUUGUACGUUACUGUGGUUUUCUAAGAAAGUUACUUAGUUUAUGGUCCUUUUGCGCCCUUCAGCUCACAAAUUCCUCACAAAUCCCCACAGCGAAAAUUUUUGUUUGAAUAGAGCAAGUCCACACUCCGUGAAACGUGGAAGUAUGAGCAGAAAGAGCAAUUUAGAGAAAUACAAAUGAAAACAACACUGAGAUUCCAUCUUACUCUAGAAAGAAUAGCUAUCAUCAAGAAAUCAGAUAGCAAGUGCUAGUGAGUCAGGUGAGAAACUAAACUAAUACCAUUAUGGAAUUUAGGAUGCAUACUCCUCAAAACACUAAAAUAAAUUCAUACGACCCAGCUAUCUCCAUCCUAGGUAUCUUCCCUAAAAAGCAUGUAUCAUAUUACAGCACAAUUCACAAUAGGUAAAACUUGGAAGCAGCCUAUAUGUCCAUGAACAUAUGAAUGGAUAAAGAAAAUGUAUUUAUACACAAUGGAGUACUACUUUGCCAUAAUGAGGGAUAAACUUGAAUCAUUUGUGGGAAAAUGAAUGUUUCUCAAGAACUUUAAAUGAAAUAAAUCAGACACACAAGCUAAAAAAUAUUGUGUGCUUUCUCUUAUAUGGGAAGUCCAAAAUAUAAAUAAAGAGCAAAAUAAAAGAUAAUAGGAAAGAAAAGAUGGUGGGAGGGAUGGUAGGGAAAAGUGUAGAUGGGAAGGGAACAUAAGAAUUGAGAUGUCUUAUAUACCUGUACCAAUUGCUUAUGAGGUUGAGAUGUCUUGCAUACAUGUACCAACUGCUUAUGAGGAAUGUAAUCAUUAUGUGCUGAAAAUAUGUACAAUAAAAAUUUGUAAAGAAAAAUAGAAAAAUGAAAUGAGCAACUGACAAUGGAAACAAGGAAUAAAAAACAAAACAGACCUAGAAUGACUCACUUUAGUAAUCUGUGUAAACAUAAAAAGUAUAUAGAAAGACUAAACACUACAAACAUCAGAAUUUUAAGAGAACCAAACAAGAAUCUAGACAAGUUUUUAUAAUUAGCUCUAUAAAUGAAAAACUGAUUUUCAUAUGCUUGUACCUUCUGCUCCAUAUUGACUGGCAUCAGAUUAAAGGACUUUGCAAUGAUACAAGUGUGAGAAUAUUUAAGCAGUUAAUUAUUUACAUAUAUUUUGUAUCUAGUGAACUUUACCAAAUUGUUAAUUCUACUACUUAAUACAUUGCCUUGAUUUUAUUGCUUAAGCUAUUAAUAUUAACAAAUGUUAUUCUUUCUAGUAACUAUUUGCUUUUAUUAUCUUAUGUUAACUACAAUUAUAUGCCAUAUUAGAAAUGCUAGCAGUCAUUCUUGUCUUUUUUCCUUAUUUCCAUAGAAAUGGCUUUUGUCGUUUGUGAUUGUGUGUAUGUGUUUAGUAUUUGUGUUGAUGGGGUCUUCUUCCUAGUUUGUUUUAAAAUUUUUAUAAGAAACGAUUUAUGAAUUUCAUUCAGUCCCUUCUUUGGCAUCUGACAGAAGUAUGUGCUUUUGCUCCUUUAACCUGUUGCAAUGCUGUAUAGGCAAAUUUCCUAAUGUUCGUUCAUAUUUGCAUUCCUGUGCCAAAUCUUACUGUUCAUGUUGUAUUGUUAACUUAAAUAAUUACUGACUAAAUUCUGCUUAUAUUUUACAUGGAUUUUUUUUCCAUUUGUAUUCAUACAUAAAAUUAUUCUAUGAUUGUCUCUUU